UAACAUUUUCGGUAGUGCAUUUCUGUAGCAUAUUAGGCUGCAUUUCCUUAGACAUCCCCGAAUAGUGAAACUAAUUUUCUUUUAGCGAAAUGGAAGGGAAGUAUUGUGAUUGCUCUCGUCUUCCUGGUCUCAAGAAAGAACAAGUGAAAGUGGAGAUCCAACAAGGCAGAGCUGUUAAGUGGUGUGUGGAGAAAGAUGACAAGAAUGAGACAUGGCAUCGUGCUGACAUGGGAAGUUCCUUAGAAGGUUCUUGUUACCUGAAAAUGGCAAAGCUGAUAGAAGUUAAAGCAACGAGGGAGAAUGGAGUACUCACCCUCACCAUACCCAAAGUGGAAGAGAAGCAGCAGUCCAUUGAGAUCAGCGGCUAGAUUUUAACCUGUGUGCUCCCAUUGUUCGUCUUCCUAUAUCCUAAUGCUUGAUUAGAAAAUAAAUGAAUAAUGGAGUGUUUGUUUAUUUCAUUUAUUACAAAUAUAAAUCAUAAGAUGAAGUGUUGUUUUCAUAAGAUUCUCCAAAGUCUGAAAUGCUGGUCAUUAGCUUGUCCAUGUCUUUAUCUGCAAGGCAUGGACGGAUGGAAGUAAGUCCAAGUGCAGCACGCACCAUAUGUACAGCAACCAGAGUAUUUUGCAAUUGACCAAAAGGACUGGGAUGUUUUUGUUUCCAAUCAUUUGCUGGAAUUUAUGGCUACGGAGGAAUAAGUUCAUCUUCGUCGAUAACGAGUGUUUUGAAAUGUACUGUUGGUUUGAGGAAAGAGCGUAUUCGAGGCAGAGAUGAGCUCAGAGUGGAGAGAAGGUGUUUGAUUUGUGGUCGUGUCAUGUGGUUGUGUUAAUGCAGUUGGAGUUGUAAGAUACUGUCAUCGAU